AUGGAAUCGCUUAUGUCACCAUUGGAGUUUCGUCCUUAUGGGGUGUUCGAUGGUAGAAUCCAUGUGGUGGAUUUGAUUGCAAAGGAAUAUCUUGAAAAAGCAUCGGCGGACGCACAGCAUCUUAUUCCAGUCGACGUUGAUGCUGAUGGAAAUGGUUUAUAUCAUUCUGUAAUUCUUUUGAUGAAUGACUCAACACUAACUGCAAGUGAAUUACGAGUUCGCACGAUUAUUGAACUCGUAAUAAAUGAAGCGUUUUAUUCCAAUAUGUAUACGCAUCGGGCCGGGCUUAUUGAUAUAGCUAUUAAAGCUAUAUGCAAAAAUCGAACAUAUUCGGGAUUGUACGAAAUUUGUGCUUUAUGUAGUGUACUCAAAUGCAAUAUACGAAGUGUCUAUCCAGAAAUUGACUUUAGAGCUGGCAUGGCUGUGAUGAAUAGUAUGUAUACACCUAUUUCACCGAUCGUUGCUAAUUAUGAAGUUGCAACUUUGUGGUCGAAUAUGCUGAAAGAAAUGCAUGUGCGAGCGGCCAAUAAUAAUCUAUGGAGUUCGAAUCAUUUUGUGCCUCUCUUAGCACUAAAUCAGCAAUAUGAUUUUGAUCAUAGGAAUCAAUUAUUAUUAUCAAAUGUCAAAACUCCUGAAAAGAAAACAUUUAAGAACAAUACAGUCGCUCAAAUACGCAUGCCUGAAUUUGAGUCUUCUUUCAACAGACGUGUACGUAGCGAUAUCAAUAUUGAAAGUGAACGCACUAAAGCAAUCAGUCCGAUUACAAUCGAACAGGCUCAGGCGAACAUAGAAGAAGAACAUGAAAACCGACUUUCUCUUUUGAGAGAACGUGCGCGUCUGAGACGAGUUAAUCAGACGGAGGAACAACGUCAAAAUCGACUUGCGAAAGACAGAGAACGAACUCGAUCUAGACGGGAAAGUCAGGCUGAGGAGCAACGACAAGAUCGACUUGCGAAAGAUAGAGAACGAGCUCGAUCCAGACGAGAAAGUGAUCCUAAAGAACAACGGCAAGAUAGACUUGCAAAAGAUAAAGAACGAGCUCGAUCCAGUCGAGACAGUCAAACUGAAGAACAACGGCAACGUCGACUCGAGCAAAAGAAAGAACAUGCACGAUCUGUACGGCAGAAUGAAACAGAUGAUCAAUAUCAGUUAAGGAUCAAUUAUCAAAGGGGUCGAAGUCAGGCCAAUAGAACCGAAAAAAGACUAGAAAAACAAACAUCUGAUAACAUCAUUAUUCAACAGCAGAACAUCAAUAUGACAAAGAAAAAAAAAAGUCAAAUUCAUUCGACUUGGCCAGCGCCAAUUCCUACUGACUUGAAAAAAGAAUGUUUGCAACAAUUUCUUUCUCAGAUGUCUAUGUCCGUAUUGGCUGAAGUGACUUGUGCGGUCUGCAAUAUUCGUACUCCAGAACAGGAGUCAAUAAAAAUGCCAAUGUCAGAAAUUCCUAAUAUACAUCUACUCAAAAUUUCUGAUGAACUUAAAAAUUUAGUCAUUAAUACUCAAUCAUCUACUUCGAAAAACUCUAACGGUAAUUUAAUACGGAUAACAAAAAACAUUCAAGAUUAUAUAUGCAAUCCUGAUUUUAUUUUAGGUUCUUCAACUUCAAAGUCGUCUUAUUUCUAUUACGCAAAUGAUAUUAUUCUCUAUGUCAAUGGCAUAUAUCAAGAAAAUAAUAUGAAUAUGUGUAUUCUUUGUCAAAAAUGCAGUAAUGGUUUAUCGAAAGAACAGAUUCCUAA